AUGCUCGUCGGUCUGCAAAGGCCACGAGUGAUCGCUCCUUCGUCAAAAGCCCUCAAAUCUGUGAGAUGGUACUCAUCGACCAACGAGGCCUUCAAAAUCCUUUUCCUCGGAAGAAGUGAAUUCUCCUGCUUGGUCCUCGAAGAAUUGUGGAAAGCAACUGAUGUCUGGAGUCGAAUUCACGUUGCUACCCAUCCAGACGAGUGGAAAGGAAGGAACCGCGCGCAGUUGUCCAUCUCACCUUUGAAGAUACUAGCGACCGAACGCGAUAUACCCGUCUCUGAGAUACCACACAUGAAGCCGGCUUUCAAGUCAUGGAAGCCCCCGCAUCCAUUCGAUCUCCCAACAGGAAGUCCUUUGCCGCUGGAUCACGUCGUUAUAACGGCAUCAUUUGGGAGAAUACUACCUGCCGCGCUGUUGCGUCGUUUCGAUGCUUCACGACGAUUGAACGUCCACCCGUCGCUCCUACCACUGUACCGAGGACCUGCGCCCAUUCAACAUGCACUGAUGAAUGGCCGUUCAGAGACCGGGGUUUGUGUUAUUGAAAUGAUGGAGCGUUCAAAAGGCAUAGAUGCUGGCCCUAUCUGGGGCUCCUCUAAAAUAGUUGCGUUAUCUAUCCCAAUACCACAAAGCGCCGACUUUACUUCGUUGCGAGACGCUCUAGCUAUAGAGGGAGGCAAAGUAUUGGUUUCCGUGUUGCGGGAUAUGCUGAAUAAUACGGCAGUUGCGACACCGCAAGACGUUCUGUCGGACGAUGACCUUCCUCGUGCAUCGGCUAUUACUUUCGAAGAUUCCCUUGUGGACUUCGACAAAAUGUCUGCUGAAGUCAUAUGUUGGCGAUAUCGCGCAAUCUCAGCACAGCGACCUCUCAUCACGUUCUACGGUCCUGGUGUUAAGCUUCAGCUCCACUCUCCAUCCGUUCUCACUCCCCUCGCCGAAUUACCUACCAAAAUAGAUGAUGCACCGGCCGGCACCGCCGUGUUCGACCCUCACUUUCGUAGCGGGGGAUUGUUGAUCCGCUGCGCCGAAGGUUCCCUCCUCCAUGUUCCUCGAGUAAAACAAGAGAAUAAGUCAUUGCUUCCUGCGAGGGAAUGGUGGAACGGCGUUAAAGGACUAGGCUUGGUGGUUAAUGAGCAGAUCAAGUUCGUCCCUCGAAUAUAA